AUGUUCCAUGAUGGUCCCAUUCUAGAGUCAUUUGAUGUUGGCUACAAUCGACUAAUCGGGAAGCUACCAAAGUCUCUUAUCCACUGCUCCUUUUUAGGGCUUUUAAACGUUGAACACAAUGGAAUCAAAGACGCUUUUCCUUUCUGGCUCAAGGCUUUGCCUAAUUUACAAGUCCUUACCCUCAGCUCAAACAAAUUCUAUGAUCUUGUAGAUUUACAAUACAAAGGUCUAUAUGUGGAGCAAGUGAAAGCCCUCACUUUCUACAGGGCCAUUAACUUGUCUGAAAACAGAUUCCUAGGACAGAUUCCUGAAUCUAUAGGUCUUGAAGAACUGAUUGCGCUCAACUUCUCAAACGGACUCAAGACACUCUCGUUUCCAGAAACCAACUCUCCGGGAUUAUUCCUAAUGGACUCAAGACACUCUCGUGAAAUACCACAAGGAACACAAAUUACUGGACAACCAAAAUCCUCCUUUGAAGGGAAUGAACGGCUUUGUAUGGCGUCAAUACAGCACGUGAAGCAAGAAGACAAAGAAGGAGAGAUGCUGAGUUGGGAAGCAGUGACUAUAGGAUAUGCUCUUGGUCUGUUGUUUGGAGUGGCAAUAUAUCAAGUGAUUGCUUCAUACACAAGUGUUCAUACAAGGCGGAGUGGCUCGUCAAAAUAA